UUGAGGAAGGGGGCGUUUAGCAUCCGCCAUUUUGGUCGGUGCAUAUAUCUGGUACGAGGAAGGUAGCAACGAUUUGGAUGGAAAAUCCUGACCAUCGUUGUAUAUUACAGUGAAAUUUAGUUUCCAGGUGGCCCAGAGACCAUUCUUAAUAGUUUUAGCAACGACAUUUAUCCUUUUUAAGCGCCCUUGGAAGGGCUGUCAUCGUUUGUUUACAAGGUUUAGAGGCGGAAAAAGAAGUACUUGACAAGAUGGGGACGACGAAAGAUGACGAAUAUGACUACCUUUUCAAAGUGGUACUGAUUGGUGAUUCUGGUGUGGGCAAAAGUAACUUAUUGUCUCGCUUUACACGCAAUGAGUUCAAUUUGGAAAGCAAGAGUACCAUUGGUGUGGAAUUUGCUACAAGGAGCAUACAGGUAGAUGGAAAGACAAUCAAGGCACAGAUCUGGGAUACAGCUGGCCAGGAGCGUUACCGUGCCAUCACCAGCGCUUACUAUCGUGGUGCUGUAGGAGCUUUGCUGGUGUACGACAUUGCUAAGCAUCUGACUUAUGAGAAUGUAGAACGAUGGCUGAAGGAAUUGCGUGACCAUGCAGAUCAGAACAUAGUAAUCAUGCUAGUGGGUAACAAGUCAGACCUUCGACACCUGCGUGCUGUGCCCACUGAUGAGGCCAAAGCCUUUGCUGAGAAGAACAACUUGUCUUUCAUUGAGACUUCAGCUCUAGAUUCUACCAAUGUGGAGGCUGCUUUUCACAACAUUCUCACUGAAAUUACAAGAUUGUUUCGCAGAAGCAAAUCAGAGAUAGUCCUGAUGAUGAUAAUUCACCUAGUGGCAACGUGCAGACAAUAUCGGUGGCACCCACUGUCAACUCAAAUGCUGGCAAGAAGCAGUGCUGCAGCGUGUAGCUCCCUUGAGACCAUUAAUCUGCACUAGAUAUCCUACCUGUCCAACUUCAGUGGUGUCAUCUCUGGCUUAUGGGGCUGGCAGUGCCAUCUGGCCUCUCCUUUGACUUGUAUAUGAUGGCUAGAAUGGCUGAGUUCUGCCUCGACCACUGGACAUCUCUUCCUGGAUAUAAUCAUAUUGUUAUCUGGACAAAGUGCAUGCAUGUUAGGCAUGAAUGAAGUCUCGAUAAAAUAUGUUAAACAUGGAUGAGUGUGUGUACAUGUGUAGAAGAGUAUAUGGAAGGAGAUAAUACAUAGAGUAUAUAUGUGUGUGUGUUUGAAUAGAUGGAUGGCAGAGUAUGCAAUGCCAAGCACAAGUUUUAAUUGGUAUUGCAUUCUUUGGCAUGCUUUACUGUCACCUUUGUAAUUUUCCACCUGGAGCCACAAGAACUCGGAGCUGUCCAACACACUCUUUUCUGCAGCUUUCAGGCUUUAGAGGUUAUCCAUGUGGUUGUUGUGUCAUCACAUGCUGGUUUUGUGGUCUCUUUCACAAAGGGUAAGCGCUAGGAAAGCCUGUUAAGGGGCUCAUAUCAGAGAUGCGUAGACUCUGAAUGUGGCAAAAGAGCUAAACCUAGGGGAAUGAAACUGGGAGAUUCUGUCCGUAUUUGUUUUUCUUCCAAGAAUGGCUAGGCAGAGAUAAAUAAUUGUGCAGCUGCAUAUUUAGUGCUGGUGUCUUUUGAGUUUAUGCUGUGUUCCCUUUUCAACUGCACCAACCCAAAGCUGUUUUAUGUGUUAUUUUAAGUGGCCCAGUCAAUACCUAAGUUCUCAGUCCCUACUCUUGUCAAAGUUGCAUUGGAAGCUGUCAAUAGCUCAGCUGGGGCACAUUUGUUUUCAACAUUCUUUGCAGAAAAUGUCCUCUUAAGAACGAAUAUAAUCAACACAACAAUAUUUGAAAAUCAAAAUAAGUCGGCUUUUGGCAACAUUACUGCUAUUUAUACAAUGAUGAUUGAGGGAUCUUUCACAGUUUGUUGGUAGGCAAAUGUCCAUUAAGGAAACACUAACAGUAAGCGUGCAUGUUUAAAAAAAAAAAGUCGGAUCCUAAUUUUGACACGAGUUUCACUAGAAAGCUCAGAUGCUGAUUUUUUUUCACCUUCAUGCACCUCCUAUGCCUUCGUUGGAGUAUAAAUGUGCAAAAAUUUAGUCCCUUUGUGUGUGCUGACUUGUUGCAUGAUUGAAGGCUUUAAAACCUUUGCCUUGUAUUAUCACUUAAAUGCUUGUUUGUGCAGCUUGGCCUGGCAGGGUCAAUGUACAUUGAAUGUACGUAUCAUGGAAGUAGAUGCAAAUGUUUUGUUUCUGAAGGGGUUUGCUGCUUUAAGAGACCUAACUAGUCAGCUGCAGGAGAGAUAGGGGGAAGAAUGGUGAAUCGCCAUUGGGUAAGUUGCCAUCAAUGUCAUCCAUAUGUACUGAAAUGCCAGUGGCUGAGCAUCUGCUGCUGAUCAACGGCUGGGCUUAGCUUGAAAAUUUUCUAUUAAAAAAACAGUUCUAGGGAAGAAAAUUCUGCAGUCUUAAAUGGUAUAAAUGCUCUGUAGUGUUACUUUGAAAUCUGUUUCUUAACAUAGUAAUUGAGAUGGGAAAAUUUUGGAGUUCUAUCUGGUUUAUCUAAGUGCUGUGGGCUUAGAUAUCUGUAAUGGAUGGGGGAAAGUAAAGAUAUGGGGUUGGCUUGUGUGUGAGUGGUGUUGUAAUAUAACAUUUUCUUUUAUGGACAACAUUCCAUUCUCUGCCAAUUACAUAGUUGUUUUCCGUUUGCGUUGCCUCCAUGACUUUCCACCACAUGGUGAUGUGCUAUGAACAUCAAGUAUCUCAUUAAGGCUGUUAUACUUGAACAUGCAAAACAUUGACCUCUCCUUCACUUUACAUAUAUUUAAGUGCUGGCCCAGCAAGCUCCAACCUGAGUCUGUGCGGCAGGUUUAAUACUUGUGCGAGUGAAGAGUUGCUUAUACUUAAACAAGGAGUAGUUUCCUGGAAGAAAUUUAUAGUGUUGUUUGUGUAGCAUCUGAUUCCAUACCAUUGUCUGUCACGUUGCCUUUACAGAUGGUGGUGUGCCGACAGUGGCACAUUUAUGUGAUUGCAUCUCAAAAUGAGAUGGUUGUCAGAUUGUCAUAUAACAGCUUGCAUCAUUUGGCUCAAGAAAUGGAUUAGGUGUUUGUAAGCUGUUCAUCAUAAAAGGUUUUUUUUUUUGCGUGGUCAGAUCUAUUUCAUUUCUUCUCCUCCUCAACCACUUUUAGUGUGUGUGUUGAAGAAUUAUUAUGAUUGGGGCUAUAGAGGAUAAGACUGGAUGUUAAAGCGAUAGCAUACAGAACAAUUGCAUUGAGCAACGUAGGUUAUAUCAGGUGUGAAGAUAAUUGCAUGGGCUGCAGCAAAACUAUAUAUUGAGGUGGUGAUGCUAGUGAAAUUAUAUACAGGGCUUUCAUAUCUUUUGCUUUUUAAAAAGUAGAACUAACACCUUUGCAAAGUGUUUUAUGACAAUAAAACAAGUAUAUGCCCCAUUUCUUUCUUUUGCCUUUAGCAUAUUUCUUUUUCUUCCCAAAGACCAGGUUUGAUGUUUCAAAUUCGCUUUGCACACAGAAUCUGCAGGAUGGGGCACAAUUCAGGCAUUCUCAAAGACACUUUGUCCAUCAGUUUCUUUGAGUGUUAGCUGGCAAAUUUUGUGCAGCAAGUGUCCAAGUGAAUACGUCUGUAGAUGCAAGCAUUUGAGAGGAUGUCUGUUGCUUGGUGUCAGUUUCCCUUUAUUAUCAAUGUCCCUUUGACAUUAUGUAAUUAAGGAUUAUUCUGGUAUGCAUUUCCUGUAUGCAUCACUGGCUGAUUGAAUAUCAUUAAACUAUUGUUCUUGUAAAUGGA